AUGGAGUCCUCCUCACAGUCAACGCCGACCUCGUCACACUUUAGCAUCCAGUCCAUACUUUCUUCACACGAACAUUCAAGCGCCCAAGGACACCCUGCUUCACCUCCGGCGUUUGUUUCACCACCGACCUUUGCUCCGUCUCCUGCGGGUCGUAGCCCGAGUGGCCUUCUCCAGCGCCACGUCACCUUUUCCGGAACCACAUUCCAUAUCACCUCAGGGACAUGCAACAUCAGCAUCACUACCGGCAUGAACCGUAUCAGCAGCUCCAGCCGCAUCAUCCCUAUCAUCGACAACCUCAACAGCGACAAGGACAACGGCAACAAGGACAGCAUCAACACCAGCUGCCUUCACUUCCCUCACUACCUUCCAUUUCUUCAGUAUCCUCACCAUUUGCUUUACCCCCGUUACCCUCAUUACCAUCGUUGCCAUUACCACACCAGCUACCUAUCUCGAACCAGCAAGAUCACCGACAGGAUCAUCAACAGCAAUUUUAUAACACCUACAGCCAAAACCUCCCCUCCCAACAAACCAGCGGGGUCGAGCACAACAUUUCUAUGGCUCAACAUUCAAAUUCGAGCGGAAGUGGAAUGGGGGAGGCUGGAGAGCACAAACACACUGUAG